AUGGGGAAAAUGAAAAUAAAUUAUAAUUUUGUAAUAUUAUUUAUUUCAUUUUUAUUUAUAAAUGUUUCAAGAUCAGCCGACAUGCUUCCGGAUACUGAGAAGUCAUCAAUUGAUCAAUUAAUAUCAAUAUAUAAUUUACAAUACCCAACACCCAUCGAUGAUUAUUGCUCACUUACAAAUCAUUUUGUGUGCAACAGCGAUUUUAAAAAUAAAACAAUUAAAAUAUAUUUAGAUGGUUUAGAUUUAAAACCAACUUUUUCAGGCAAUAUAAUAAAAAAUUUUAAAUAUUUAGAGGAAUUAAAUAUAACAAAUACAAUUCUAUCAGAUAAUUUUUUCACAGAAAUCCCAAGUUAUUAUUUUAAAACCUUUACAUUAACCUCAAGUGAUUUCACAUCAUUUCCAACAGAUAUACAAUCAAUAACUAGGUUAUAUUUCAAUGAUGUAAAAUUUUCAGGCACUAUUUUUACAAGUACUGUUUCUAGAGUAGAAUACUUCGAUUUAAUGUUUUCAUCACAGGAUAGAAUGGGCGAUUAUAGCUUUUUGGAUAAUUUAAAAGCCCUAAGUCAAACAAGAAAGAAUUAUUCUUUGACAUUAAAUAAUUUUUUUAAUUUUUCAAAUUUCGUUAAUAUGGGCAAUUUAAACUUAUAUUUAGGAAGCAAUUUUGAUAUGACGAGUUUUCAAUAUUUAUCAACUAUUUAUGGUUCUGCAAUAACAAGGGUUUAUCCUGGAUUUAAUACUAAACCUGUAUAUAUUUCAAGCCCAUUGGCUAUUAAAGUUGAUUUGGCUUUUAUUAAUAUAAAUUUCCAGGUCGAUACUAUAAUAGAUUUUUCUCAAUCAAUAGGUUCUUUGGGUUUUGAUGGUUGUAAAGGGCUUAAAAAUUCUGAAAACGAUUUAAAUCUUAUACUUGGCCCAAAUUUAAACAUUUUCACUUAUAUAAAUUCAGAUUUGACAAAGUUUCCAACCAUAGUUGUUGGAAAAUUAAAGUUUAUUAAUAUUUCAAAUAACAGUAUUACUGGUAAUCUCCCCCCAUUACCAAUUCCAACUCAAAAAGAAGAUGUUUUAGGUUAUGACAUGUCAAACAACAAUUUUGACGGAGUCAUACCAAAAAACUAUUGUUAUCAUUUUAUAGACCUAGCCAACAAUAAUCUUGGUGGAAAUUUACCAGAUUGUUAUGUUUGCAGUUUAAAUUUUACAUUGCUUAGGGAAAGGAUCCAAGGAAAUAAUUUUUUAAACUAUAUUAGUGGAACUACAGAUUAUAAACAGUUUCCUAAGUGUCCAGGUAUUACCAUGAAUCCCUUUCAAAUUGCCCUUUUUGGUAAUUCUUUAAUAACUGGAGAAAAUUUUGGUUGGUACGACACAGUAUUAGAGGGAGGAAACGGAUAUCCAGCAAUGAGUUCGACUCCAUCACUUUCAAUAGGAAAUGAAAUACCAAAUUUACAACUAAGGACUGGUUCUCUAUCAAACUCUACCUAUUACAAACUUUUAGAAUUGGGAAAAUUCGAAAUUUUAUUUAUUCCACAACAAAUAACGGCAUCAGCAACAUUCACUUUAGCCAAACCAUUUGUAUCAUAUGUUCGGUAUAGACCAUACUAUAGGUUUGGUUAUUACUUUUUUUUUGUUGGCUCUGGCCUACCUUUUAGUAAAGAUAACAUAUCAUCAAAUGGAAAUAUUACAAUCGAUGGUUCUCCUUGUGCUAUUGAAAAUCCAGGUGGUUCAACUGUUGGGUGUGUAUUACCAAAACCUCAAUUACCAGAAAAAGAAUACCAGGUUGUUAUUUACAAUUCUAUAACCAAACUUUAUGGAACAUUUACGUUUAAAUUUGAAAGAGUUGCUCCAUGGAUCAGUGCAGUUCAUCCUCCUUCGCCUAGUGGUGGCUUAGUCACUCUUUUUGGUAGCUUUACUGAUGGUCCAUAUGAUAGUUUAUCAGUCGAAAUUGGUACCAAACCAUGUGAUUUAAAAAAUAUAUCAGAAUUUAUAAUUGUUUGCAACGUUGGUCCGGGAACAGGUGUACAAAACAUUACUCUCACUCUUAAUGGCACUGUAUUUUUUGGAUUAAAUAGUUUUAGAUAUGUGGAUACUUCUGUUCCUUGCAAUUGUGGCCUGUAUGGUGAAUGUGAAAGUGUAUCUGGCAAUUGUAUUUGCGAUGCAGGUUUUGGUGGAGCUACUUGCGAACAAAUCUUUAUAAAAGAUCCAGUUAUCGUAGUGAACCAGACAUUGGUCGAAAUUAUUAAAGAUGGAUAUUCAUUUGGUUUUUCAAUUAAAGAUAUUAAAGAAAUAGAUAUAGAAUCAAAAGUGGUUAGAACAUAUUCUCUAAAAGUUGAUGAUUGGAGAUUGGUUCCUUCUUCAAACGAACAAAAAUGGACUUAUGUUCAUAAGAUUAAUAACACUGUUAUAUCAUAUACAGUCGAACAAAUUGUUGGAGUUCAAAAAACUUUUGAAUUUGCUGGUCAAAAUAUUACACUUCAACCUGGUGCUAUUAAGCUUUCCGCAAGUAUACAAAAUUGGGAGUAUUUGGGCUCACUAAACACUUUAAAGCUUCAAAUUGAAUCAACUGCUAAAACAAGUUUAAAAAGUGAUUGUGACGGGUCAUCAAUUGGCCAAAACAAUGAUGGUUCAUCAAUUAACUAUUUAUCAAUUCAAAAAGGUGAACAUGUUCUCUAUGGUAGAUUUAUUGACAAGGUAAUGUCUGAUGGUAGAGCCACUUUUAGUUCUGUUUCAUUAGAGGAGCAAAAUGAUGAGUCAAUUACAGUUUCAAUAUCAAUGCCAUAUUGUAAAGAAUGUUUAUUAGACCCAGAUUUUAGUGUCCUUAUUUCAAAUAAUAAUAAUUGUUCAGUUAAAAAAAGUGCUUGGAUUGUUCCCACUGCGAUCGUAGUUUCAAUUGUAGGGUUUGUUGUAGUUAUGCUUGGGGCUUAUGUAUUAUUAAAGGAUAAAGUUUACAUUUCACUUAAAAAAGGAAAUGUUGGUAUUUUUAUCUUAAAUAACUCAAAAUCUGCAACUUCAACUACAAUUUCAAUGUCCUCAUCUGACUAA